GCAUCUCGACUUGACUCAUCCCACCUUCAACGACCAUGAAGUAUUUUUCAACAAGAGGCGGCGAGCAACUGCUUUCGUUUGAAGAGACUGUGCUCACCGGUUUGGCACCAGACGGCGGCCUGUACAUCCCAGAGCAGAUCCCGCAGCUGCCCAAGGACUGGCGUACUACGUGGGCAAACCUCUCCUUCGUCGAGCUCUCCGUCGAGGUCCUCUCGCUGUACAUCUCCCCCGACGAGAUCUCGCGCGAUGAGCUGCGCGCGCUCGUCGAGAAGUCGUACGGCACGUUCCGUCACCCGGACGUGACGCCGCUGCACAAGCUGAACGACAAGACGUACAUCCUCGAGCUCUUCCACGGCCCGACGUUUGCCUUCAAGGACGUUGCGCUGCAGCUCCUUGGAAACCUUUUCGAGUUCUUCCUUGCGAGACGCAACGCGAAGAAGACGCCGGGUGAGAAGCGGGAGAGGCUGACUGUCGUCGGUGCGACGAGUGGCGACACUGGCAGUGCGGCGAUCUAUGGCCUGAGGAACAAGACUGACGUCUCGAUCUUCAUUCUCCAUCCGAAAGGACGUGUCUCGCCCGUACAGGAAGCGCAGAUGACCACUGUCACCGACGAGAAUGUGCACAAUAUCGCCGUCAAGGGUACCUUUGACGACUGCCAGGAUAUUGUCAAAGCACUCUUCGGCGACAAAGAAUUCAAUGCCAAGCACCGUCUCGGCGCUGUGAACUCCAUCAACUGGGCUCGCAUUCUUGCGCAAACGGUCUACUACUUCCUCUCCUACUUUCACCUCGGUCGCCAACUCUCGUCAUCACUCACGCCUGAGCAGCUCACCGAAGUCAAGAUCCAGUACGUCGUCCCCACUGGUAAUUUCGGCGACAUCCUUGCUGGUUACUACACGAAGGCCAUGGGCUUGCCCAUUGGCAAGCUUGUCAUCGCGACGAACUCGAACGACAUCCUCGCACGCUUCUGGAAGGGCGGUGCGUACGAGAAGGUUGACUCGUCGACGCUCAACGGCAGUGGCGCCGCCGCCCCAGCGGAAGGGUCGUCCGACGGCAGACAGGGUUCCAAUACAGGUGGUGUCAAGGAGACUUUAAGUCCCGCCAUGGAUAUUCUCGUGUCCAGCAACUUUGAGCGCUUGCUUUGGUACCUUGCUUACGAGGGAUUGGCCCACCGCAACGCGGAGACAAGGCGCGGCGCGUCAGAAACUGUGAACUCCUGGAUGCAGGCGGUCAAGAACGAGGGCCGCGUCCAGGUACCCACUGAGGUCCUUGAGCUUGCGCGCAGGGACUUCUUGGCUGAGCGUGUUACAGACGAGCAGACUUUGGAGACCAUCCAAUCCUACUUCAUGUCGGAGCCUUCGUAUGUUGCAGAUCCCCACACCGCCGUAGGCCUCGCGGCUGCUCGCAUGAUCUCCGCACAAAACGAAUCCUCUACUGUUCAAGUUGUCCUCUCGACCGCUCACCCAGCCAAGUUCUCUGAGGCCGUCACGCGCGCGCUGCAACACUCGCCCAAGUUCAACUUCGAGCGCGACGUGCUUCCGCUCGAGUUUCGUGGCCUUCUGGAGAAGGAGCGCAGGGUCAUUGACGUCGAGGCGCCUCGCAUCGAGCUGGUCAAAGAAGUCAUCGAGAGGUUUGCCCGAGAUGAGAGCGCGUCUGCAUCUGCGGGCGCGAGCGUGUAAUUGUGUAAAAGUAUUGUACUCAUUGCUGUCUAUUUAGAGCAAGCGAUCUCCAUUUUGCGCGGACGUUUGCCAUUGACAAGAUGCUUUCUAGUGAUUUGGCAAU